GUUCUAAAUGAAUAAAAAAUGAAUCGAAAUACUUGCGUCGCGACAAUGUAGCGAGCACAUCGUCGGUUAUCGGCAUCACAGUGACAGUUAUUACUUCGGCCCGAUGGCGAAGAAACGAUGGAGCAACGAUAUCGCGUACGCGAUGACUCCUUACAAGUGGUUAACGUGGCCAAUCGGCAUUUGGCCGCUUCAGGUUUUCAAUGUUUUCUCUCUAACACGGUGGAUCGUGGCCACUUGUUGCAUGAGCGUAGUAGUGAUCAUACCAGCGUUCGAAUUCCAAUUCGGUUGCACCAAUGCGGGGAUGAACAUAGACACCCUCAUGCUGAUUUCAUGCGGGCUGAUCUCCAUGCUGAAGACGAUACUGUUUCGCGUUUAUAUGAGACAAUUAAUUGAUAAUUACAAUUCGGCGAUAAAUGAUUAUCUCACGAUCGAAGAUACAGGAAAACGAGUCAUUAUGAAACAACACGCUUUCUUUGGGAGGGUGCUCGUUGGUUCCACGGUGUGCUUUCUGUGUGUGUACACAGUAAUCUCCUCUCUAAUUGACGACAAAAAUAAGCAGCUUAAUGUAACGAGCGAGGUGACAGUGGAGGAAUAUCCGAUACCAUCGAGAUGUACUGUAGAGUACUUCAAUGUACCGAGCAGCAUGACUGAUAUAGUGCGCUUGAUCGAGGUUAUGGCGACGAUAAUUACCAGUAUCAGUAACCACGGUACCGACGCUUUGUUUCUCAAUGCUACAUUGCACAUUUGCGGCCAAGUGGAAAUUCUGAAGACCGAUUUCACCAAUUUCGACACUGCGAGUCCGAGAGUCCAGGAGCGCUUCAACGUAUUAGUCGAAAGACACAACUAUCUGAUAACAUUGACCAGUAAACUCGCCGAGACGAUCAGUCUUGUUAUGUUGGUACAGUUCUUUUUUAGCAGCAUUCUUCUGUGUGUAAUAGGAUUUGAACUUAUCCUUGCGUUGAAGACCAGCGAUUACGCAAUGCUGGCGAAAAGCAUCGUGGUAUUGAGCGCCUUUAUGGUACAGUUAUCUUCAUACAGUUUUGUCGGAGACUACUUGAAGUCCCAAAUGGAAGAAGUUGGAUUGUCUAUUUAUCAAAGUACUUGGUACAAUCUUCCUCUGACUGUGACGAGAAACAUAGUUUUCAUUAUGAUGUGGGAUCAAAGUCCUGUCAAAUUUCAAGCUGGGAAUUUCAUCGUCGUAAAUCUGUCGACUUUUAUGAGCAUCGUCAAAACGUCGAUGUCCUACCUGUCUGUUUUACGCGUGAUAGUGGAGCGGUCAUCAUCAGUGAUCGACCCAUGUUAUGGACAACGACCAGCAAUAGCAAGCAUUGUGCAAUUCAGUUCCUAUUCGAUUACGAUAAUGUCAUGGAAGGAGGAUGUAGUAUACGCUAUGACUCCUAUCAAACUCUUAACUAUACCCUUGGGUGGUUGGCCCUUGCAUGAAUUCAAUAAAUUCGCCUUGGUGCGUUUUGCCGUGUCUACCGUUGGAUUGGCUGUGACGGUGGUCGUUCAGUUUCUUGAACUCUAUUACAAUUGCGCCGGAGCGUACGCGCAACUCGACGCUCUAACGCUCUUCUCAUGUGGCAUACUCGCUGUAUUGAAAAUAACAUGGUUCCGUAUGUAUGCCGGAAACCUGUUUUGCAACUAUUCAUCGGCUAUGAGCGAUUAUCGCGCGAUCGACAACGAGGAGAAACGCGCUAUUAUGCGAAAACACGCUUUCCUAGGAAGGAUAAUCUGCAUUAUCGCUCUGUUGAUCUCUUACGUCGACUCGGUGAUCUUCAUCGUGGGCCACUCGGCAACGAGCACCAGGGAUUUCCACUUCAACACGUCCAUUGAGGGCCUUCGAUCAGGAUACGCUAUUCCGUCAACGUGCACUUUCGCGCACUUCUACAUCUCGAAGAACACAUUCACGGUGAUCUUUGCAGUGGAGACUGUAUUAUUAGUGAUUAUGUGCCUCGGGAAUCAUGGUAGCGAUUCUUUGUUCCUCCAAAUCGCGUUGCACGUUUGCGGCCAAUUAAAAAUUCUCAAGGUUGCUUUCACUGACUUUGACGUUAAAGGCCCGGAAGUCUGCGAACGUUUUAACGCGCUAAUUCGAAGACACGAUCAUCUGAUAAGAAUGUCCAGAAAACUCGCCGAAACGAUCAGUUUCGUUUUGCUAGUGCAGCUCUUCAUCAGCAGCAUACUCAUAUGCAUACUAGGAUUUCAGUUUAUUAUAGCUUUGAAAACCAGCGACUUCGGCAUGAUGUCGAAAAGUGUCUUGGUACUUAGCGCUUUUCUCGCGCAGUUGACGGUAUACAGUAUGGUCGGUGAUUACUUGAAAUCUCAAAUGGAAGAAGUUGCGCAGUCCGCUUAUCAAAGCGCAUGGUACGAUCUUCCGGCGAAGUCGACAAAAAACAUAGCAUUCAUCAUUAUGUGGAGCCAGCUUCCGAUUAAGUUGCAAGCUGGAAAUUUCAUUGUGGUGGAUCUACCCACCUACAUGAGCAUCCUGAAAACUUCUAUGUCGUAUUUGUCGGUGCUGCGUGUAAUGAUAGAGACAUAAAAAUAUCUAAUGCUUGUAACAGAGACAAUUAUCUCUCCGCUAGAUAGAUAGCUAUAGAAGAAGCUGUUGUAAUACGAUUUUAAUAAAACUGCCAAUCAGAAUCUCAAAACAUGCAUAGCUCUUGAUACCAACUCAAGAGUCUGUUCUAGUGCGAUGAUAAAAUACGUGAAAUACGGUAGUAAAAUA